AUGAUUGAUAUCUUCAUAUCAGUCAAGCUCGAAUCUGACCAGAUAUUUAAGCUACUUGAUCAAGCUGACGAGGUAGUUCAAUCUGUUUAUGGUAGUUUAUUUCAUAGAAUUUUCUGGUUUGAAAUUAGGAUUAUCAAUAAUCUUCACAUAUUGUUAUGUCACAUUAUAAUACUAUAUUUUCACUUUUCAGGUGUGGGCAAGAGUUGCCUUCUUUUGCGUUUCUCUGAUGGUUCUUUCACCACCAGUUUCAUUACCACCAUUGGCAUUGAUUUCAAGAUAAGGACCAUAGAGCUGGAUGGGAAACGGAUCAAACUGCAAAUUUGGGAUACUGCUGGGCAAGAGCGAUUCCGAACUAUCACGACUGCUUACUACCGUGGAGCAAUGGGUAUAUUGCUGGUGUAUGAUGUGACUGACGAGUCAUCUUUUAACAGUAAUUACUCUGCCUACUCAUCAUCUUAUAUCUUUGGGUAUCAGAUAUCUUUGUUGUAUUCCCGCAGCAUAGAUCUUUUUUGUUCUUUGGCUUUUGAAUUCUCAUGUUGUUGUGCUCUCUCUCUCUCU